AUGGCCUCGGAUGUUAAGGAUGAGGAUGCUUCAGGUACCGUGUGCUUGGCAAUCAUGCGGCAGCACAAGAAUGAGCUCGAUGAGGUGAAGGAGUGGAACAGGCAGCUUCGUGACAAAUGCCGUGGACUUGAGUCGCGGAAUGAACGAAUGUGCAAUGAGGCGCAGCAAGUUCGUCAGCAGUUGCGCAUCGUGGAUGGUGAUGUUUUCGUUUCCGCACGUGGGCGGUCCUACCACAGCAGUGCUGAAUGUGAGCGUAAUCGUGGUCGUCGAACAACAAUGUGUGCAAAGUGCCGCGAUUGUGCAAUGCGAGAUGGGCAACGAUUGGUGCAGUGA